AUGGCAAGCUUCCGUACUGGUACUGCUGCACUACUUCUGGGCCUCUGCUGCCUUGGAACUUUGGCAUCGCCUCUGACUCUGACCGCUCGUGGAAUUCGACAUGCCUCAGCCCAAGAUAUAGAAGCACUGGCCCCAUUUACCCAGUUUGCGCGCGCAGCCUAUUGCCCCAAACAUAAGCUGCAUGGAUGGAACUGUGGCGAGGCUUGUGCUGCCAUUCCUGAUUUCAAGCCAACCUUGGUGGACGGGGAUGGAAAUCUUGUCCAAGAUUAUUUCGUCGGUUUUUGGCCUGAAAAAUUAGCUGUCGUCGUUACACAUCAAGGAACCGAUCCUACCAAGAUGUUUGCGCUCAUGACCGACCUCAAUAUCGUCAAAGGACCUCUCCAGUCGGCGUUGUUUCCAGGAGUCCCAUCCAAUGUUCGCGUUCACUACGGUUUUCAACUUGAACAUGCGAAGACUGCCAAACAAAUCAAGGAAGAGGUGUUGAAGCUCAUGGAAACGCACAACGUGUCUGAGAUUUACACCGUUGGUCACUCUCUUGGAGGGGCCUUGGCUCUUCUUGAUGGCCUAUUUCUUACGCUUCAAAUUCCCUAUGCGUCAAUUAAGACCGUCAUCUACGGCGCCCCUCGCGUUGGCAACGAAGCCUUUGCGCGUUUCAUCGAUCAAAUGGUCCCGGACUUGACUCGUGUAAAUAACCAGAGAGGUAAGAAUACGGUCAUAGUCGAUCGGGAGUUGGCGUACCAAUGGCCACUAGAUCCGAUUCCAGUCCUUCCACCGAGAUGGCCUCUGGGGUUUAAGCACCCCGAAGGUGAGUUGCAUCUCACCGGGUCAGGUUCUGCUGUUUACUGCGAUGGCGAAGACAAUGAUCUCGACGUCGCGUGCCAGGACAGAACCGUACACGAACCCAUCAUACUUACGGGCAACCUAUUCGAUCAUGUAAAGUGGUUUCACCAGUAUGGAGGGUUUUGA